AUGACGACGGAAGUGGGAGAAAAGCGACCGAGAGAAGAAGAGGAAGAAGAUGAUGAGGUCGAAAAAACUAACGAACAACAACAACAACAACAAGAGGAGGAGGAGAAAAAGGACGACGCGAACGACGGAGAACCUCCAAAAACGAAGAAAGCAAAAGAAGAAGACGAUAAAGAAAAAGAGACACCAUCAACGACGACGACGACGGUACCAUCGGCGGGAGGAGCUGCGGGGGGGGGUGGAUCUGGAUUCGGCUCUGGCUUUGGGAAAUCCUUUGGCGGUUUCAGCGGUGGUUUCGGCGGUUUGAAAGCGCAAGUCAGCGGAGGAGGUGGCUUUGGAGCGUUCGGGAAGAAAUCAGAGGGAGAAAAGAAAGAUAUCGACGAUAACGAAAUUAGCGGCGAAAAGAAUAAGAGGGAAGAGGGAGAUGGUGGUGGUGGUGGAGGAGGCGGACCAGUCUUUGGCGCCGUGUUCGGCGGGAGUAAAAUAGCAAACGAUACUAGCGAGAAGAAGGAAACAGAAGAAGAAGGAGAAGGAAGUAAAGAGGAAACAGAAGAAGAAGGAGAAGGAGAGAAAAGUAAGAAAGAGGAGUUCAAAGCUGCAAAAGAGAUGAAAGAGAUCGAGCAACAAACCGGCGAAGAAGACGAAGAUUUAAUGUUCAAAACCGACGGCGCUUUGUACGAAUACGUCAGCACGGAAGAGGAUGGGAAAGCGCCGGGAUGGAGAGAACGAGGACGAGGUGAAUUUAGAAUCAACUCUACGAAGAAGAAAGAUAACGUGAGAAUGAUCAUGCGCACGAGAGGUAACUUUCGCUUGAUUUUGAACGCCUCAAUGUUCAAAGGCCAAAAGUUUGCAAAGAUGGAAGGCGGGAAGGGCGUAACCUUUCCUUGCGUCAACGCCGCUUCGGAGAAUAAAAAGAUGACCACGUACGCUUUGAAAAUGAGAGUCGCACAAAGCUCUGCCGCGCAGCAAGUGGAUACGUUUCUCGAGCAGAUCACAAAGGCUCUUCUAAUCGCCGGCGGAGAGGAGUCUACGAAAGAAGAUUAA